AGAUUUCUGCAUGGUAUACGAACCAUGAAAAUUAAUAUUGCUACUUUACUAUAUUUUAUCUACUUUUUAAAUACCAUUUACUGCUAUGAUUCUGAGAGUUCUGAAUCUAAUCGAAUUGAAGUGAGUCCAUUUUAUGAUACUAUUAUCUACAGUGAUAUCGCUGAUAUAAUAAAUGACUUUGAAAAUAAUGGUGUGUCGCCUCUUGACGUCAUCGCGAACAGCGAAAGUCAAAGUGAAGAAAAUGUCGAUGAAUUGCUCUCCGAAUAUCAAAAGUAUUUGGAAAAGGCACACAAACAAAGAAAGAAUUACAUAGAAAAGUCUAAAAGCAAAAACAAAGUUCCGCUGUUACCAAGACACGAUCAAUUUUCAAAAACGAAAUCUGGUAUCGAUAAUAGUAAACACGAUGAGUACUACUAUGCAAACGGCUUUUACAAUGCAGGUACAUUUAAAUUUCCUCCAACAUCAUACGGAAAUCCUUUGGAUGUAUUCAUUCCUGUUAACUCAAAAGGGAAAUAUGCUAAUAAACCUGAAGCAACGACAGUCUUGCCGAAAGGAGCUCGAGACGAGCUAUUCCCUAUUGAAAAGAUAAUGUUUAAUGAAAAGAAACUAUUGGACUUUACUCCAGUUUUACAUAAGUCGCCGUUCGAGUCGAUAAAAUCAUCUUGCUUUUGUAAAAACGGCCAUAUUCCUUGCGAUUGCGGAUGCAAACAGUGCUUGGUCCAUUUCGAUCCAAUGUCCCGAGACCAUAUGGAACAAAUUAAAUUACGUUCACCAGAUGACCAAAAAAAACAUUCUAUAUUAUACGAUAAUUUCUUUAAAAAACCUGAACAUUUUAUGGAAGACAAUAUGAAAAAUAUAUUACCCGAUAACACACUUAACAUACGCAUAAAAAUAGAUCUUCAAUUACCAAAACCACAAGAAAUCUUGGGGAAAUUAUACAAGAUCCACAACCGUGAGAGAGCAUUCGAACCAGAAGACGUGAUUUCCAAAGAGCUAACGACAGCGAUAAAUUUGCCAUUUCCUUAUUUUAAUUUUCCUACACCUGAUCUUUUCGGAUACAAAAAAUCGGCAAAGUUUAGUAAAGACGACACUACACCAUUACAUAAAAUAACCAUUCAUAAAAAGAAAAAAUCCCGAGCAAACAACAAUAAUAAAAAGCAUAGAAAAAAGUUAAUCACUUUUCAUAAUAUAAAGCUUGAGCAACAGCCACUGUUUCCAAGCCAUUUAAAUGAUAACAAUAUAAACGAUACAUUUAAAAACGACAACAAUAGUACCAUAGCCAAUGAGACCAUAUUAACUGCGCAAGCUUCCAAUGCAUUGCAAAUUGAAAUUAAUUCUAUGAUCAACAAAACAGAUGACAUACUGAACGAAACCCAAACAGAUGAAAGUAUAUAUUUAAUGGUCAACAUUACGAAUAAUAGCUACAAUGGUACAGAGGAUCCACAUAAAAUUGAAAAUAGUAUUGAAACAGAUUUUCCUAAGAAUAUAUCGAAUAUAACGACUAAAGUACCAAGUACACGCGAAAAACGGGAUGUCUCAAAGGUAGUCGCAAAUUUAUCUAAUAACGUAACAAAUAGUAACAUUUCUAUAAAAAUAACGCCAAGUAAAAAAAACAAUUCUGCUAAAAUAAAUUUCAAUAAAUUAAAACCAACUUUACUUCCGACAAAAAAUAACACUAAAGAAAAGAUUUAUGGUAAAAAGCCCGAGAAGAGUCUUCUGAGUGAUUCGGAGUUGUUAUAUUGGCCUAAUAUUACUCGCAAUAAAGGAGACGUUAAAUCAAAAAAUAUAACAACGAUAAUAUUAGAAAAUGAACAUAAGAAGACAAAGUUAAACAUGACAAAAGAAACUAUUCGAAUGAACCACACCAGGGCGUUGGAACAGGCGAUAUUUGGAGAAGUGGAUUGGGAUGAUGUCGAUACAGUAGCGCCGGCAUUUAUGUCCUUCGUAGGAAAGUAUAUUCGAGGAGUUUUAACAUUUUGCUCUCAGAAAGUUUGUCACUCAAUGAAAUGUGCUAAUAAGACAUGCCUACACAGAGUUUGUUUGCCUUCAGAUAGAUUAAACAAUAAAGGACAUUGUGCUGGAACCAAUAGCACGGAUAGCGUAGCAUCGAUGGAAUCAAUCAUGGAUUUGCCUUCAAACAUAGCAUUCGAGAUAGUAGAUAUAUUGCAAAACAAAAUGUUGGGGAAAAUAUUUGGCAAAGCUACAUUUUGUAUUAAUUCUAAGUGUAUUACAUUAGCUACAUCUAAAAAGAGUUUCAUCAAAUCUCGAUGUUCCAUUAAGGAGGUAAAUGCAGCUGGCCACUGUCCUAACGCUAAAAACUCGAAAGUUAUGUAAGUUCCUAGUAUGUUUAGUAAAUAAAACGAUUGCGAUUUAAA